CAAAAUUUUGGAAUGGAGGGGAAAAGAGGAAAAUGCAACUUUGAUAAAAAAAAUUGAUGCAAACUGAAAAACCCGCUGAAAAAAUUGAAUAAAUUCGAACUUUCUAAGAUGUAUUGAGGUAAUUUAAAUACUUGAAUAAGUUCAGAAUGGAAUGUGAAAAUAUAAACGACGUCGUACGGCUUUCACUUCUACAUGAAUUUCCAAUAUUGAACUCGAGAAAUGAAGAAAUACCCAACAGCGAUUAUAUCCUUCCGUUUAACAAACUGAAGGAACUGUUGAUCGAAAGAAAGUUACUCAACUUUGCUUACGAACUUGUAAAUCUGAAGCUAGAAGAAGAUAUUCGUAAAAACGUUGUUCCUCAGUUCGUAGAUAAUUUCAAAGAGAAAUGUGAUACUUUGGAAGGAUUUAGAAAAUUUCAAGAGAGUGUGAAGCAUCUUUACGUAUCCGUUUCGCGAAUACUUCCUUUAUUGCAAAAGUUAGAAGAACUCAAACGUAAUGAUACUCAGUUUGAAAACAACACAUCGGUUUCAAAAAGCGCUAUCGAAUCGUAUAAAAUCACCCUGAUCGGUACGAUACUGUUCGAUUUACCGAAUGGAUAUUCGUCUAUUAUACAGAACUUUUAUUGCGUAGCAUUCAAAGCAUUUUGUAAUUGUAGUUAUCCUGCUCAUGCUGGAAUUAUUGUUAAAUGUUCCGAGCAUCGGGAUCAAAGCUGCUGUAAAUGUAAGCAAGCCUUGGGUGCAUUCGAUUGUGUAAACAAAGUUCUAAGUGAAAUCGGCCUAUUAGAGAAGCUUGUCGGAUCAACGUUGACAAUGUUGGUUGAAAAAUGGACUGAAUUUCACGUUGAUAAAAAUUUUCGAGGAGCAUUUGAUACUUCCAAUAUCAACACUAUUGAGAAAUGGAUCAAAGAUGUAAUCUUGGUAUGGCUUUCGAGAAUUUAUAAAAUUGGUAAAAUCCAUUCGAAGAAGAGACAACAAGCUGUAGACAAAAUAGUAGCAACUUUCAAAGAUAGAUUACUGCAUUUCGUAUACGAAACCUAUGGCAAGCUCUUAAUUGAUCAAUUGUUUAAUAUUAUAGUUGAAUAUCCGGAUUCGUAUAACGCCAUCGAAGACUUACGAAUUUGCUUACAAAGAAAUAAUCUACAAUCGUUGUUGAUUGAAAAGACUAAAGGAUCUUUUGUAACGAGAUUACUACAUCCUGGAGUGAACACUCCUGACAUAUUGACUGCCUAUAUUGCUUCCAUUCACGCUUUACAGCAAUUGGAUCCAUCAGGAAUGCUUUUAGAUGCUAUUACGAGUCCUAUAAGAACGUAUUUACGAAACCGUGAAGAUACUGUACAUUGCAUGGUUACCAGUUUAACCGAAGAAGGAGCUACUGAUUUAUCAGAUGAAUUAACAGGCUGUAAAAAAAUAACCUUGUGUGAUGUCGUAGCUACUGUUGAAGAUGAUAUGGAAAAUUGGGAGAACUGGGUACCUGACCCCAUCGAAGUUGUUCCAGGUACGAGUGAAAAAAGAGACCAUUCUGCGGAUAUCAUUACGAUGCUGGUGAAUGUUUUCGGUAGCAGGCAAUUAUUCAUUGAUGAAUAUAGGAAAUUACUAGCUGAUCGAUUUUUAACUCAAUUUACCUACAAUACUGAUAAAGAAAUUAGGAAUCUAGAAUUAUUGAAAUUGAGAUUUGGUGAUUCUGAAUUGAAUAAAUGCGAAGUUAUGUUGAAAGAUAUUCACGAUUCGUUCAGAAUUGGUAAUCAUUUGCAAUCUGAUCCAGCUUACGGAAUUAAAGAUUUGGAAUUUCAUGUUCGUGGUAUGGUUCUUUCAGCGUAUUUCUGGCCUCCCUUUAAAGAUAAUAAUUUAGAAUUACCUGCUAAAGUGACCGAACAUUUAGAUGUUUAUACAAAAGCAUUCGAGACAUAUAAGAGUAAUCGAACCUUAUCUUGGAAAUCUCACUUGGGCACAGUAAAUUUAGAAAUCGAAUUAAAAGAUCGAAAAUUAGACUUGACCGUAUCUCCUGUUCAUGCAACGAUAAUUUGGCAUUUUCAAGAUAAAAGUGAAUGGCAUCUAACCGACUUGAGCCAAGUAACAAUGGUCUCGUGCUCAGUAUUAAGACGAAAAAUAUCAUUUUGGCAAUCUCAAGGAGUGCUCAUGGAAACAGCUCCGGAUCAUUACGUAGUCGUAGAAGAAAGCUCGAAUUUGAAUAGUAAACCGAGACCUGCCAUACCUAUGAAUAUAUUAUACGAAGAAGAUGAAACCGAAAGCGCCGUCGCUUCAGCUCAAGAUCAAAGAGAUGAAGAACUUCAGGUUUUUUGGUCUUAUAUCGUCGGCAUGUUGACCAAUUUGGAAUCGUUAACGUUGGAAAGAAUACAUCAAAUGUUGAAAAUGUUCGCUUCGCAAGGUUCUGCUACGAAGGAAGUAUCCGCCCAGCAGCUUAAACAUUUUUUGGAUAAAAAAGUCAAAGAGCAUUUGUUAAUCGUAUCUGGUGGAUUUUAUAAGUUGGCUACGAAAUAAUUAUUUUGGUUCUUUAAUGUUUGAUUCAUUUUUUCUUUUGUACUUUUUCGAAUUUCAUGUUUUGUUUCAAGUGUAAAGUACAUUUUUAUUUAUACGUCGUACGAGUAAUAAUCAGUUUUGCGUGUUCAUUUUGUAGCUGGAAAUUAAAGAGAUGUUUUAAAUGAGGAA